UGAUAGGACUGGUUGUAUUAUUAAUUCUACAAAGUAAAUCAAAGAAGAUCCCUUUAAAUUCAACUCAGCAGAGUUGUAAGCUGUUCUUUAGUGAUGCAGCAGGCUCGUGGUGAUGAUUUUGCAGUUCACAAGAGUAAACAGAGAAAUAUGAGUUUUUACAAUAGCAUACCGCCAAGUGAGAAGCCAGGACUUUAUCCUGCUGGAACCUUUCCUACAGCCAGUUAUGCUCCCUCUCAACCUGCUGGAAUGCCACCUGCAGCAACACCACAACAGAGAUUCCCAUCAGCUACUCAACAAUAUGCAAUGCCUGCAGGUGCUGCCACACCCUCAUUGUACACUCCAAGCAAUGGGUAUACACUAAUGUCUCCAGCUUAUGCUUCUUCUCCUGCACCUGGAGCAUUUCAUUCUGUUGGUUACUCUUCUCUUCCUUCCAUCCCAUCGACGACUCCAGGUUAUCCUACCGCCCAGUAUCCUACUACAAACUUCCCACCAACUCAGUUGCCAGGAAGUAGUGCACCAUACCCAGGUUUGCCAGUCAGUAGCCAGUUGUAUACAGGAAGUGGGGGUUAUAGUCCCCUUCAAAGUGUUCAACCUAGAGCCUACACCAUGCCACCAAUGGCAUACCCAAGUACACUUGGCACAAACCCUACAUACCCUGGUGCUCCUCCUUUUGGGCCACCAUAUUAAAAAAGGUGUCAAUAGCAGCAGGUGGCUAGGACUGAAGCUUAUAUAUGUUGUAUAGACCUACUGCAUCUGGUGUGUUUGUAAAUCUGGGCCCUUAUUGGCCUAAGUUGAAUUUAAUUCUCAUGUUUUUAUGCAAACAAGGCUUCUUAUGUAUCUUAUACGCAAGAUAAGGGACUAAACUUAUCAGGUACUCUUUGGUAGACAUGGUGGUAACCGAAGUGCAACAGGGAAGUUGGUGAAGAUAGGCUACUUUACUCAUUCUGUUGCAUAAUACAAACAUUUUUAUGAAGGCCAAUCUAAGUGUGCUCUAUUAUAUAUAUAUAUAUGUAUAAUUUUAUGAUAUAUAUUGCACACAUAC